CAAGGCUGCGAUUCUCGACUCCUUCGCAUCGCAUCGCAUCGCAUACAACCACUCUCCUCAUCCUCUUGUGACUGGCGUCGCCAUGAAUCACUACGCCUCGUCAUCAACACAGCCUUAUGGUGCUGGCGCUGGUGGGAUGAAUGGGAUCAACGGGGGCGGCGGAAGCGGCGGAGCGCAACGGCCGCGCGUGACGUUGAGGAGCAUUAAUCAUGAGGAGGCAGACGUCGUUCUCGAAGGAGUCGAUCUCAGCUUCGCAAACGCUCUGAGAAGAGUCAUCAUCGCGGACAUUCCUACGCUAGCCAUCGACAUGGUAGAGAUCCAAUCCAACACGACGGCCCUACCCGACGAGAUGCUUUCCCAUCGUCUUGGUCUCGUCCCGCUCAUCUCAACAAACUGCGAUGCAGUCCUCGUCGACCACCGAGAUUGCGCCUGUGAAGACGGCUGUGAUCGCUGCUCCGUCGAGCUCACAUUGCACGCUCGUUGCACCACAGGCGGGACGAUGGAGGUCACCUCGAAGUCAUUGGUCCGCAGUGCCGGGCUCGGAGAACCAUGGGGCGGUGAUCCCGAAAUGGCAGAGAUGGGACCGAGGCCGAGGGAGGCUCGACGCGAAGAGUUUGGUAGGGUGGUUGGCGCGGAUCAAGAGGGAAGGGAUGGGAUCAUGCUCGUCAAGAUGAAGAGAGGGCAGGAGCUCAAGGUGCGUUGUAUUGCCCGCAAGGGCUUUGCAAAGGAGCACGCAAAGUGGAGCCCCGUCUCUACCAUUGGCUUUGAGUAUGACCCGCAUAACCGAUUGCGGCAUACGGCCCUAUGGCACGAGGGCGACCCGAAACGCGAGUGGCCCUUGAGCCAUAAUGCCAACGAGGAGCCAGAGGUACGGGCUGGGGAGGAAGACGAGGUCUUCGACUUCAAUGCGAAGCCGGGACGCUUCUACGUGCAUGUUGAGGGCACGGGCGUCAUGAGUGCGCAUGAGGUGGUAAUGAGCGGCCUCCGCAUCCUCGAAACACGAACGGCGCAGAUUAUCCAAGAGCUAGGCUAUUACGGCGGCGGAGGAGCGAAUGGAGUCAAUGGUGGUGGUAGCGCAUGGUGAAGCGCUUGUUUCGCACGGUGAAGCGCUUGUACGCAUACGGAAUCAAAUGCAU